CAGAACUUUGAGCAGUCAGGCUCACAGCUCCAAGCUCCGCUGAAGGGUGGGGGAGGAAGAGGAGGAGAAAGACACUUUGCUGGGACUUAGACACAAAGCUAAGAGGAAGGGCGGGUGUGCACAGGUGAACACCCUGGACCAUGAAGCCCUCUCUCUGUUGGGCCCUCCUUCUCCUCUUCAUCUUAUUCUCAGGAGCCCAUAGCCAAAACAGGCCUCCCAAAAGGCGACCUAAACCUGGGCCCAAACCUAAGCCUACACCCAGAGCCCCUCUUCCAUACAAACCUGAUCUUGAAGAGCCCUCUGAACCCACAGACCUCCCUCCUCCCCUGCCUCCAGGACCCCCAUCAAUCUUUCCUGACUGCCCUAGAGAAUGCUACUGCCCCCCAGAUUUCCCAUCAGCCCUGUACUGUGACAGCCGCAAUUUGCGAAAGGUCCCAGUCAUCCCAUCCCGCAUUCACUAUCUGUACCUUCAGAACAAUUUCAUCACGGACCUUCCCAUGGAGUCCUUCAAGAAUGCCACUGGCCUGAGGUGGGUCAACCUUGACAACAACCGGAUCCGUAAGAUUGACCAGAAGGUAUUAGAGAAUCUGGAGAGUUUGGUUUUCCUCUACAUGGAGAAGAACCAGCUCCAAGAGGUCCCCAUGGCCCUGCCCCGUAACCUAGAGCAGUUGAGGCUGAGCCAGAACCAAAUCAACAGAAUCCCUCCAGGAGCCUUUAGCAAGCUGGAGAACCUGGUGCUCUUAGACCUGCACCACAACAAGCUCAGUGAUGGGGUUUUCAAGCCCGACACCUUCCAAGGUCUCAAGAACCUCAUGCAGCUCAACCUUGCUCACAACAUUCUGAGGAAAAUGCCCCCCAAGGUCCCUACAGCCAUUCACCAGCUCUUCCUGGACAGCAACAACAUUGAGAACAUCCCCAAUGGCUACUUCAGGGGCUUCCCCAACCUCUCUUUUAUUCGGCUCAACUACAACAAGCUGUCUGACAAGGGGCUCCCUAAGAACUCCUUCAACAUCUCCAACUUGUUGGUCCUCCACUUGUCUCACAACAAGCUCAGCAAUGUGCCAGCCAUCAACAACCGACUGGAACACCUGUACCUCAACAACAAUGAGAUUCAGAAAAUCAAUGGGACCCAGAUCUGCCCCAACAACCUGGUUGCAUUCCAUGACUUCUCCUCAGACUUGGAAAAUGUACCACACCUCCGUUACCUGCGACUUGAUGGGAACCAGUUGAAGCCACCUAUCCCACUGGACCUGAUGAUGUGUUUCCGGCUCCUGCAGUCUGUGAUCAUCUAACUCUCAUCUUGAUGCCAACUGGACUUCUCUGAAGAGACUUGAAAACCUCCCAGUCGGGGGGGGCAUGUCCCCACUUCCUGACUUGCUCCAUUGCCUUUUCUACCUUCUCUGGGCUUUUGCUUUGUCCACCGAUGUAGGGCUCCCUAAGGAAAGGAGGAGGACAGUUUCACAUGCCUUAUUGCAUUUCUCUUUCCUUCUCUCAUGUGGGAGUAUGAAGUCCAAGACCUUACUGUUGCCCUACCAGGUUCAAAGAACUGUCUCUCCCACAUAUAAACAUCAACCCCAAACUUCUUGCUAAAUGUAGUCUCCUUUUUUUAAGGAGCCCCUUCAUCCACUUGGAUGUGUCAAAUUAUAUGUACUUUACACAACCUCCUUCUUUCUCUCCUCUACCCUCAAUUACUCCCAUCUCUACUUCACUAUCCCAAUAAUGGUCUGGCCCAUGAAAUGUCAUCUGGAUUAUUGACCUUGAUCUAGGAGAGAAGAUGUCUCUCUUCCCAAGCAGGUCUAGAAAACACCUUUUAUAGCUAGCUCAGGAAAGAAAAGAAAUUUUUAAUCUCUUCUACUACUUCCUUCUCCCAUGAUUAUUCAAGGUUUCUAUAGCCACAUCUGUCUCCUUUUCCACACCCCAUUGGCAUCAAGUCCCAAAUGGGAAGACAUUUGCCCCAUUGCUAUAGCCUAUUGUUUACCAGAAAGACCAUGAAGAAAUGGCCAAUAACUUUUCCUAUAAAGAAGUAGAUCUGGUGUUCUAGCAAGUUCCAGUCUCAGGCAACCUUUGGUAAGCUUUGGAAAUGGACAGAUAGUCUCACGAUGAUGUCAGCUGAGAAUCUGUUCGCACUUUCUGAGAACUGUAGGCUAGAAGCUUCACCCCCUCCUCCCAUAUGCAUAUCCUCUCAUAUUUUCAAGUGUGUUGAGAAAGUAUGGGAUCAGAGAAAGAACAGUGAGUAGAGGGGAAGGUGGGAGGAGGGAAUUAUGAAGUAUCUGGAUGGAAUGGGGUGGUAGGGUUGGGUGAGGCAGAACACAGGAAUAGAAAUGGGAUUUGAAGAAGAGCAGAACCUCCAAGUCUCCUUUGACCACCCACAGUGAGAUGUCUAAUGCCUUCAAGGCACUCACUUCUUAGAAUAUUGGGCUUGGUCAUUCACCUAUGCCAGCUUCAUCAUCUGGUAUCUGUCUAUGUGGCUCUGAAAUAGCCAGAUUAGCAGUUGGAAACUGCCACUAUCUACCCAAUCUUCCUGCUACUCAGAGUAUAGCAAAGAAAGUAGGGAAGAGGGGUGGAACAACUGGAUAUCUCCCAGAAGCCUCUUCCUCAUGUGGAAAUGGACCUCCAUGUCUAAGAUGAGACACAUUAGUGACACCUAGUGGUCAGUAGAGGUUAGUGCUAUGAGUUCCAUUCUUCCUUGACUGUGCUCUUGGUCUCUUGUUCUUUGUCAUGGUCAGUUAGUAUAAACUCUGGUGAUAUCUUUAAAAAAAAAAAAAGGUCCUGUCCUGCAAUCAGCUUCUUACUUCAAAAUGACAAAGGAGUAUAUGUAUCACAGCCUCCCACCAUAUCCACUUCUUGGCAGGCCAUGGGCAUCUCUGAGCAGUGGCUCUUCCUGCUUAAUCUGAUUGUGACAAGUGGUCAGAGUUGAUCACAGAGAAAUGUUGCCUAGCCUUGAUCCAAGUUCUGGCAGCAGCUUCCAGGUCAGAGAUACCUGGUCAGCAUAGGUUCUAUUUUUUUUUUUACCAGCAUUGAUCUUGUAACACAAGUUGGGGAUCUGAGAGCUCCAAUAUGGGAUCCACUUUUUUCAAUCUAUUUAAGGAUCUAUUUUGAGAAAUAAUUAUAAAAAUCCAGUUGGGACCUGGAGGAAACUAAUUAAAAAUUUCAUCUUUCCCCUUUCAUCACUGAUUUUUUCAAUGGGAUAGGUCCAAAGCUUCCAUUCCCCUUCUCAAUAAUUUAUUCCCUCUUCCCUUGCCUAAUAACCAUGUUCCACUCCAUGGGCCUCUCCCUCCCACUCUCCUUUCUUCUUGACUGGCCCCCAAGUUAAACUCCUUGGCUGGUCUCCAAGGUAUACCUGGGGUACUGACAAGAGUACCUCAGUUUUUCUUCCUUUGAAGAAGAUUCUUCUUUCCUGCUUGUUACUAUAUGUCCUAGGCUCUUUAUUAGAUGACCUUGCUCUACCUCUUUUAGUACAGAGCUAUUUUCUCCCUUUGUCACAUUACUUCAAAUAGACUUAUUUAGUCAAUUCUGUGUGUGGCUCACUCCUUUUCUCUUUCUUACAACCACCACCAUGUCCUGAUCUUCUCCUUUUAAUGAUGUCUCAUGCACAUUUGGAGAAAUCACUUCUAUCCUAGAAUAUCCUUAAUCCCCCAAGACCAAACACCACCAGCUAUCUCUUUUUCCCAUUUCUGUGGCAUUGCUCAUGCAGAGUUGAUUAUUUUUCCAUUCUUUCUUCUCCAUUUGAUAAUGGGAAGAUUGCAUUUUUAAUCUCAGAGACUUCCUAUCCACUGAAAGAUUCCAUCAGUAAUGCCCAUGGCAGAAUUACCAUUCAAAAUUCCUUAGGUAAGUCACUUCAACUCUCUAGGCUUUGUUUUAACAAAAUUCAUGAGUUGAAGAGGAUCUGAAAGGUCCUUCAGUCCAACCACCAUGUCAAGAUUCUGAUGCAAGAGCACCAUGAGAAAGUGUUGACAAAAUUGCAUGUCAAUGAUCUUAUAAAAGUAUCAUUAUCUCUCAGCUUUAUUCUUCAAGCAGCUUGAAGAACAGCCUGAUACUCAAGACUUCAUGAAGGAAUAAGUCACAAACACAUAUAAAAAACUAUCCAGGAAAAACAAGACCUGCCUUUCAUCUUCAAGUUAUACUAUUCUUCCAUAGAGAUUUCACCUGAUACUCUUCCUCUCCUUCUUUCAACUAAACCAACUGUAUAGCUAUUCAUUUCACAGCCAUCAUACUAAGGCUAUUCAUUUUUGGAAUACUAGUCCUGCAGGCAGCCUAAAAGUGUAAAAGAGGUGAAAUAGGGCUAUUGGCAGGAGCUACUGACUUCCUUGUCCUAUACUUCAACUGCCCUGCCUUCCUGAAUGUGAUGGUACACCUUACUGAAAGAUGAAUCCCCUCAUUAAGUUCCCAUGUUCAUCUGCUCUUUGCUUGAAUACAUCUGGUGACAGAGAACUGAGUACCCAUUCCCUUUUCAGAUAGCUCUAGUUGCUUGGAAAUUCCUUCUUCCAUUGAGCUCUUCUUCCUCCUUGUGAUAUCCAUGGAAUCCUAGUUCUGCCCUCUAGCACCAAGAAGAAGUCCAAUUCCUUUUCUGCAUGACAGUCCUUCAAACAUUUGAAAAUGGUUGCCACUUCUCCCCAUAGUCUUCUCUUUUUCAGUCUAAAAAUUCCUAAUUCCUUCAAUCUUUCCUCAUAUAAUUUCAUUUUGAGUCUUUCUACCAUCCUGGGUAGCCCUUUCUGGACACACUACAUUUUGUCAAGUGUGCCUCCUUAAUUUUGUCACCCAGAACUGAAGCUAUUUUUUCAAGUGUUAUCUGACAAGAAAAAGGUAGAGUAGGACCGUCACCUCCCUCCUCCUAGAUUUGAUACCUCUCUUGAUGCAGUCCAACAUCCCAUUUGGGUAUUUUUGGCUGCCAUAUCAUAUCACUGACUCUUAUUGAGGAACCAUUUACGAAAUCUUCAAAUCUUCACGUGAGCUACCAAAUAGUCAUGUCUAGCCCAUUUGGGGCCAAAAUGUAAGACUUUCUAUUGUUUCAAUUAAAUUUCAUGUUAGAUUUGCUCUAUUAUCACAGUGUCUUUUUGUCUCUGAUUUAUAUCCUCAGUAAAUUUGGUAAGCAUGUCAUCUAUGCUUUUCUCCUUAUAAAACUAUUGAACCAAACAGCACCAAGGACAGAUCGCUCUAGCAAGCCACUUGGAAGAUUUCUUACCAGGUUGACACAAAUCCAUUAAUCGACACCCUUUAGGUCUGGUCUUUCAAUCAGUUAUGAAUUCACUUAAAUGUUUUUUAGUGAGCCCACAUAUUUCUCAGUCUUGACUAUGAGGAUAUAUCAUUAGAACCUUUGUCAAGUGCCUUGCUGAAAUCCAGAUAUACUGUAAUGACAAUCUUUCCCCUAAUCUACUAGUCUAGUCUACCUGUCAAAAAAAGAAAAUGACAUGAUUUGUCCUUAGAGAACUCAACCUUGGCUCAGCUGACAGAGCAAUUUAUUUAAUAAGCUUAUGUAUAAUUUUGCCAUAUCUUGGGCAUUGUACUUAUUGGUUCAUGGUUUUCAAUAUCCAUCUUUGUUUCCUCCUUUUUGAAAAUUGAAACAUUGGAUCAUCUCCAGUCACAGAACUUCUCCUAUUCUCUAUGAUUCUUUAAAGACCAUUGACAACAAUCACAUCCAUGAGAAUAGAUACUCUGAGAUAUAACUGCAAACCAAGUGUCUUUUCUAAUCUGUAAAACUUUAUGGUUGGACUAAAUAAUUUCUAGUGCUAAUAUCUAUCCAUUCUAGAAUCUACUUUGACUCUGGGUUUUAAAUAUUACAUUGGCUAUAUCUAUGACAUAGGAUCAUGAGCAUCAAUAAUUCUAGAACCAUAUAUAAUGUUAGAACUGCAAGGGACCUUAAAGAUCAUCUUGUCCAUUCCCCUCAUUUUAUCAUUGAGGAAACUGAGAUGAAAUGUCCUGCCUAAGGUAGUUAGUGAUGGAACUAGGAUUAGAAACCAGUUCUCCAGACCUUCAGUGCAGUACUCAUUAUUACACCACAUUUCCCAUGCUCCCCACCCCUCCUGCCAGUUUUAGACAUUUUCUUUGGUAAAUACACCUUUUCUUAGUAUAAGGGGGCAAAUUUCUAUGACAGUAGAUCUCCUGGAAUGGACCUCAGCCUUGCUUCCUAGUGUCAACACAAGACAUCCCCAAUUCCUUCAACCGGUAUUAUUCUUUGGGGCCUGAUGCUAUAAGGAUUCAUCCAAAGUGGAAUUCAGGAGCCAUACUUAUUAAUCCACCUUGUCUUUGUGCUUUACUGUCAUAUCCCCAACCCUACAGAUAGCAGGUACUUAAUAAAUGCUUAGAGAUUGAAAUUUCAGUGAAUUGAGUAUAGCGUAGUGCCUGGUUUUUACUGCUUCUCAUUGCAGUCAGGAGGCAGUACAGAACAGAUGUCUAAUUACAUUACUGGAAGAUGAUGGAGAAAGAAAUAUGGGAAUGGGAGCUACAGGCUUCCAGCAUCGGGCUCUUCUCUGUGUAAGUUGUUAUAAGUGUUUCCUAGUUAUAUCCCUUCCCUGUUCUUUCUCACCAUCAUUCCAUAGUCUGUCCUGGGUGAUACUCAUUCUGAUCCCCCACCUGUGUCUUCCCCAGAGCCCUGCUCUGGACAAUAGGGUGGGGAUGAGCAGAGCCUGGGAGAGGAGGAAAUGGUUUGUGAAGGAGGGAAUGCAACUCUGUACUGUGAAGCCCCACAUGUGAUGGGAGAUACAGGCCACAGAGGAGGGGGACAUGUCAAUAUUGAGUUGUACAUAUAGAAUACAUCUAUGACA